CAUUCAUUCAUUCAUAAAAAAAUUGUCUGUGGUGAUCUUGUCUUGUGUGGUUGCGCGAUUGUUAAUUUUAUUUUAUUUAUGUACCUUCGUGUUUUGUAUUUGUUAAACACAAAAGAAUACAUUUUUAUAAUUGUUUAGUCCACUGGACACAGUAAUUUUUUUGAAAUGUGUUGUUUAAUGUGAAAAAUUAUAUUGUUGCUAUCGAUAAAAUCUCAUGACAAAAGGCCUUGCAACACGCAUAAAUCGGACAGUUUUCCAAAUGUAUUGUUUUGAUAGAUAAUGGAUCCGAGAAUGUGUAGGAAAAUCAGUAGUGAAAGUCUUCCAGAGAUUGAUAAUGUGGAAUAUGAAGUAUCAAACGUCAUUGCACCGCAAGAAAGCGAAGAUAAUUUCCUGAUAGAAGGCAGUCCAGAGCCAAAUUCAGUUACCUGGCUGGACGACGAUCAGAUUGACGAGCUAGAUCUUAAUAUAGACCAUACAAAUCUAUUUUUUCAUAGAGUUGAUAGUGCAGAUAUAAUUUAUAGGAGCAAGAAGAAAAAAUGCAAGAUGGUUGGGAAGUAUGUAAUGGGAGAUAUGUUAGGAGAGGGAUCUUACGGGAAAGUCAAAGAAAUGUUAGAUUCCGAAUCACUAUGUCGACGAGCCGUGAAGAUACUGAAGAAAAGGAAGUUGAGGAGAAUACCAAAUGGAGAACAGAAUGUACAGAGGGAGAUACAGUUGCUGCGUAUACUUAGACAUAAAAAUGUGAUAGAACUAGUCGAUGUUAUGUAUAAUGAUGAGAAGCAGAAAAUGUACCUAGUUAUGGAAUUCUGUGUGGGUGUGCUUCAGGACAUGUUGGAAGCAACUCCUGGCAAGAAAUUCCCUCAACGUCAAGCACAUGACUAUUUCACCCAGCUGCUGGACGGCUUGGAGUACCUGCAUGGCCAGGGUGUCAUUCACAAAGACAUCAAGCCUGGGAAUUUACUUCUCACUCUGGAUCAAACUUUGAAGAUUACAGAUUUUGGUGUAGCUGAAGAAUUAGAUAGGUUUUCUCCUGAAGAUACCUGUUACACAGGUCAAGGUUCUCCCGCCUUCCAACCACCAGAGAUUGCUAAUGGUGCGGAACAGUUUUCUGGAGUCAAAGUUGACAUUUGGAGUAGUGGUGUUACCUUAUAUAACAUGACUACGGGCCGUUAUCCCUUCGAGGGUGACAACGUGUACAGACUACUGGAAGCAAUAGGUCGCGGGGAGCCCGCCCCCCCUCCGCCCUCGCUGGGCCCUACGUUGGGAGCCCUGCUGAAACAUAUGCUUCAGAGGGAUCCCGACUUAAGGCCAAAAGUCCAAGAAAUUAGAAGACAUGCCUGGGUGCAAGCGACUCCCGCCCUAGAAGCGGGCGAGCGGCUGGUGAGCCCGCGGUCGCGGCGCUCGGACGAUCUGCACUCGAGCACGGUGAUCCCGUACCUGGUGGAGCGACACUACGCCUCCGCGCAGGACUACUGCACUGAGCGGGACCUGUGCCAUGAGACCACCGAAGUCCACAUGGCCGGGAGUUUCCGCGCCAGAAUUUGCUCUUUGAGUUAGAUCUGGGUUCGGGCGGGUCGCGCACGCUGUCGACCGCGGAGCUGUCGGACGCCGCGUCGUCCCGCCGCAAGCGGCGCUGGCACUCCUCGUGCGGACGUCUACCCUCCUGCCGUCUCACCUGAUCACACACACGCACGCACACAACUAGCUCACAUGCUGUCUCUCUCACACGCAGUGGCGUAACUACGUAGCCAUAGGCCCCGAUAUAAGAAGACCUGUUAAGUUAAAUGAAACUCGGGUCUCAAUUUUUCAACAGCUAUUCAUACUUUACACAACAAUUAUUGAAAAUUCAUUGUGACACGAUUAUGACUACACCCUUGUAGAAACGAGAUCACGGAAGUUAUUUAACUAAACAGUUUUCAGUUUUGCGGUCACUAAUCAUGGGUCUGCUGGCAAAUUAAAUUUAGGGGCCCCAUAGCGCAGCACCGUAUGGCUCCAGUAGCUACGCUACUGCUCACAAGAAUGUUAUGAAACACGUAGAUGAGAAAGCGUGACAUGUUUUGCGUCAAUCGUUGCCUAUAAUAUCUUAAUUUUGUCUGUCCCAUGAACUCCAUGCGAUAAUUACCCAUCCUGGCGCGCUUGCCCAAUUUUCUUCUGUGUUUUAUGAACACUUACACUUAUAUUACUUCCCAAAUUGUUAUACGUCAAAUUCUCUGUUAAGGAUUGAGUCACAUGUGCACUAGCACUAAGCCUUAUAAAAUUUUUCGUGCGUGUAAAUUUAUUUUUGAUUUUAUAUUAUGAAAAUUUUGAAUAUUGAAAGGUCCUAGUCAAAAGAGUUACAGUUGCUGGUAAUUACUACCCUCAAGAAUGCAUACGACUUAUGAGUCGUAUGCAUGCUUGAGUUUCAAUUGAAAGAGAGAAAUUUCAAGUAGUAUCCAAUUUCUGAAAAACUGAGUUUUCGAAUGUAUGUAUGUAUGUAUGAUGUAAUAACAUUAAUUUAAUAUUAAUUUUAACCCUUUCUCAAAAUAUUCCAAAAUAUUCUUGAGUGAAGUGACUCAAUCUGAAAAUUUCCAUGGAUCAGUUUUGCCAGUUUACUAAUAAUUCUAGUAUGUUGCAAUGUACCCAUUUAUGUCAAUGUCCAAAGAUAGAGAAAAUUUAUUGAUGUUAUUUGAUGUUACUAUAUGUCCCUGUUCAAGUAAAAUUUAUAUUUUGUGUUAGGUUUCGUGUCUUCACACUAAUAGCGGGCACGGUUCGUUUAGAAAUUUUAAGUUCCAGUUUUACCCUGAAAAAAUUGACGCACUACUGUCAUACGCCAUAUUUGUCGUUCCAUUCUAUGCAUCGCUUUUUUUUAUUCCAAUGUUGAAUUUAAAUUGUGUAAGAUAAUCCCGGUGCGAUCGAACCCACUUCCGUAUUUCCCGAUAUAAUUUUCGCACUUAUCAUUUCGAAGGGAAGCAGAAUGCCUUAUAUACAUGCAAUAAAAGUGAACCUGGUGUGAUACACGUGACACAAAUGUAUUUUCGUGUGUUUGAUAGUUUAUUCAGGACUAAUAUAAAUAUAGGCGCUGAAUUAUAUUUUUAUAGAUUAUGAUUGAAUCCCAUUAACAUUGUUAUAGGACAUAGAAGGACCUCACCUCAUUAUAGUUUCGGGUGACUCUCGAGUGAAUGAUUUUAAAUUUGAAUAUUGUUUUUGAUUACCGAGUGAUUUAGUAUUUAGUUGUUCAGAAUACUGUACGGACCAGGACCUGCGAACGCGUACCUGAGAAAAAGCCUCAACAUAUCUAUAGUUCGUAUAGGUAUAAAUGGUCGUAAUACUUAAAUUUAUAUACUAACCAUUGAAGCAGUUAGUAGCAGUAUAAUUUCGCAGCUCUCUGGCUUGUUCUGUAUUCUGAUGAUAUGUAAAGUACAAGUUGCAAUGAGCAUACUAAAACACCAAAGUCCAAAUGCCUGUAUAACUCACUGAUUUCCUCCAAUAAACAAGAUGUCAUUGCAAUAAUUAUAAUCUCUAUCCCAUCUCAUAGACCUCACUUUUUAAAGGCGUUUAAUUAUAAUUUGAGAAAUAAUUUGAAUGUAGCUAGAAUGAAUUACUUUUAUACUAUAAAUAUUUUUGCUAUAUCUUCUUAUUGCUUAUUUACCUAAGUAAAUGGGUGUUUGCAUGUAAAUUACGAAAGUGGUAUUUUAAGCAUUAAUAGAAGAAAUCGUUUUAAUUAAAAGUGCAAUAUUAAUAAAAUAUUUAACGUUGAUUUUGUGAUGAUGACGUUGAACAGGAUUAUGUCAAUGCUUAAAUUGCCAACUUCAGGAUAUGAAAUGAAAUGUAUAAUAUGUACAGGCAACUGCACUCAUAGUUAUUCAAUUUCGGCGUUAAUGUUAAGGCAAAUAAUAUUCGUUUGAUUAUAAGUGUAGCUGUGUGUACUUAUUGGGCGGGUUCUGAGAGUCUCUUAUUAAUAAUUUCAUAUUAAAUUCAUUUUAAAAAUGUCUAUAUAGGUAUUAUCUAGCCUUAGUGCUAAAAUUCUUCGUAAUAUGGGAACAGCUAUGCGAGCUACAUACAUAGAUGCCAUUUUUCUAUUUUUACCAUAAUUUCUACGCUAAAUUGAUGUUUUGUUAUAUUGUGCAAUAAUUGUGUUGAUCGAUGGAUGCUGUAAUUUCUAAUUAGUAGUUCUUUAGGUUAACUUUGAUUAAGCCAUAUGUUAAUGAGAUUAAUGUGCAGUGAUCUCGAGUCGCCAAAGGCGUUUCUUUCGGAAAGUAUUCUGUAGUUUAGUGGUCUUGUCAUUGACUUAUUGCACUUGCGUUCGUUUUGCGAAGUGAGGUCUUCAUAUUGUUGUUAAAACUUAAAUAUGUUUACGCUUACGGAUGUAUAUACAGUGCCUGAACUGAUGAUGCAACAUGGAAACGGAAAAAGAGAAUAUUAAUAUAUUGUAAAUAAAAAGUAGUAAAUAAUGUAAAA